AUGUCUGCCCACUCUCUCGUGGACUUUGGCAUUAGCAAUGUGGUGGGUAUCAAUUACACCCCAAGCAACCCCGAUGUCAUUCCGUUAAAUGACAUUGACGUCUCGAUAUUUCAGCCAUUUAUCCGCCACGAAUAUCUGAAAGACCAACCUGGUCCUUUACUGCGACAAGAACAACAUCUGCAGCUACAUAAUGCGACGUUUCCCAUCGAGCCGCUCGGUACAGGGGCAGGGCCUCCCUCACAGUUUCCGCUGUCGCCACCCAUAUCCUUUGAUGAUUACGAGACGCUUCAAUCCACCACUCCGGAAGAUUGUUACCACGCAAACUCCAUCAAUUUCGAACAACAGGCCUCCACCGGGGAUGGUUUACCGCAGGAUUGCCAGGAGCCAGACUCCCCUACGCUGAAUACUGUCGCGGUGUCGGCCGUCAAUUGGUCAGAAGUGGUACCAUGGGUCUCGACUAAGCCGCCCUCACGCGGCCGUCCAAGGGGAUCCAGACGAAAGUUGGCAGCCCGAAAUGCAGAUUCAGUGGACGAGACCGCGUCCAAACCACGCGCCAAAAGGGGAAGGAAGCCUCGAGUCUCACGACAACAAACCUCCAAGUCAUUGGCAGACGAGAGCAAUAAGGCCUCACUGGAGGAAGCCAAGGCGGCUCACUCGGUCGUAGAGCGCCGGUACCGCGAUAACCUCAACGGGAAAAUGAGUCAGCUGUAUUACGUGCUCAGGGAGGUGAAUUCUCCCAGCCCGCGGUCUCGUUUAUCAAGCACAGGCAGUGGUGGUAGUGGUGGCAGCAGCGGCGGCGGCGACAUGAUAGCAGUCCCUACAUUCCAACCGCCCACCCGGGUCCGCAAGUCCGAGAUCCUCAACAGCGCCAUCGACUAUAUUCACCAAUCGGAAGUGGAGAUGAGGCACAUGGCCGACGAGAUCAAGCACUUGCAGGACAAGGAGCGGACGAUCAAGAACCUCGUCAAAUGCGAGGAGUGGUCUGUGCUCAAGGCACUCCUGAGGGCACCAGGGGCUGUCAGCUGUUAA